GUGAAGCACCGUGUGUGCGGGACCUGGCUCGCAAGAAUGGCACUCUCCAUUGGAACCCCAAACCACAGAGGUACCUGAUAGCGAUGUGUUCGGGCGGGCAGCUGAGCAACCGCCUGGCGUGUGUGCGGCAGAGCAUGCUGGACGCGGCGCUCAUGAACCGCACUCUCGUCUUCCCCACGCAGGGGAUUGACUAUGAUUAUGACGCCCUGCUCGACAUGGGCGCGUUUGAGGAGUGCUUUGGCCCCAACAGGGUCGUGUCGUUUGCUGCUUAUAACGAGUCUGUCAAGGGCAGGGUGCGCGUGGGGCGGUUCAUCUGCCACGUGCACGUCUACCAGACCGAGGCAACCUGUGACGACCUAAUGCAGCGCUACGCCACCACACUCCACAUGCAGUUCGCAAAAAAGGAGAUAGCGCGGCGCCGCACGCCGGGCCCGUGGUUCAAGUACCCCGUGGGGGACUUCCUGCGCAAGUUCAACAGCGACCACCACGUCAUCGCCUUCGGCAACAUGUUUGGCGUCGGGGGGAGAGAGCUGCGCUUUCAGGGGGCCGCGCCGCUCGUGGUUUCCCCGCAGUGCCGCGGGCUGCUGCAACCCAGCCCGGCUAUUCAGCAAGCAGCAGUGGGGUUCGUGAACAUGUACCUAGGCCCCAGCUACGCAGCAGUGCAUCUGCGGCGGGGGGACUUCUUCCACCACUGCAUCCACGGCAACGGCCGCCUGCGCCCCACGCCCUGCUACCAGCCGCUGCGCCAGGUGGCCUCCUGCCUGCACCGCCGCCUCCAGCACCUGCCGGGAGUCAGCAUGGUGUUCGUGGCUAGCAAUGCGGAUGAGACUGAACGGAGGGUUCUCCGGGAGACAUUGACGGCGCUGGGUUCCUCCCAGACGCUCAUCUCGCUGCCGCGCUCGCUGCAGGGCCACGCGUGGGCAGAGCCGUUGGAGCGGGCAGGCGUGGCGGGGAGCAGCGAGGUGGUGUCGUUCCUGGACAAGGCCAUCUGCGCGCUCGCCCUGCAGUUCUACGGCACUGCUGGCUCCACCUUCUCCAGUGACAUCAUGCGUCUCCGUGAAUGGUGGAAGCAAGGGCUGUGUGAAACUUACAUCUGCCCGGCCAAUGAGCCUGCAGACUUUCUUCGCCUGCCCGAGCACAGCAACGCGACUGCCCCAGCGCCAAGCCCUGGGGCAGGGGACUCUUCCCUGCCUGCCGUUGUGUCAACGGGAGAGGGAACAGUGAAUGUGUCUCCAAGGCAGCCGCAGGGGCAGAAGCAAGGGAAGGUGGCAGGGCAGCAGGAUGGUCAGAUUUCUGGUUCUGCUGCUGGUGCUGCUGCUGGUGCCGCUGCUGGUGCCGCUGCUGCUGCUGGUGCUGUUUCUGUUGGCGGUGCAGUGAGUGAAACUGAUGAGGAGCUGAAGGGAAAAAGGCAAGAAAGAGUUGCAGGGAAAGGUGGAACAGGGCAAGAGUGA